AUGCUGCAGGACGACCGACUAAGCUUCGCAGACAACGGCCGUGUCUGCGUCUACGUGGGUAGGGUGCCCCUCAUCAGUAGUCUUCUCCCGAAAGAAUCCCUCAUGAUCGUCUCCGACUAUGCUCGGGUCUAUUUCACCCAGCAUCCUACCGCAGAGAGCUUAAAUCUCAGCAAGAUCCUGGUCUCCGAGGCUGCCAUUCUAUCUAUUACGUCCUGUAUUCUUGACGCGUGCUGCAAUCACAGCCCGUUCACUCUUCCCCGCGGCGAGACAUUCCUGGAAACGGUUCUGAUCUAUCAAGCCGCCCGCGCACUUGGCAUGGACCGAUACAUUCAUCGAGUGUACCAGGCUCUAAACUCGGAUAUUGAGUCAAAGGGGCACAUGCUUCCCUACGAUUGGAUUCGGGUGAUCUUGCGCGGUCCCAAGGUUGAUCCGCUGUAUUCGGACUGCGUUCGAGUCUUUGCGUCUGCGCGACGUGAGUCUACCCUCCCAAAUGUCAAACUUUUCGACAAUUUCGUAUCGGCUUAUCCCGAAUUUGUGGCUGCUAUGGCAUUGGAGGAAAUUUUCGAGGGACGCAGGGUUGAUAUCGAACGACGUACACGUCAUGACUCACUGGUGGCUGUUGAGGGUUCCGAAGACGCCGAAGAGGCAAAACUGUCCUCCUCGCGUGAAGACAACCAAAAUAAAAGACAGAAAAAGGGUCAGGUGGAGCAGUGGAAAGCCUGUUUUGCGAAACAACAAAGCCUUAAAGCCAUUCCUUUGAAGGGGCUCCGGGAGAAGAAGAAGGAAGCUCGCAUAGCUUGGAAUAGAGCGAACGGUGUUAUAACCGUAUCGGCGGAAGAGUUUGAGGAGAUGAAGAAAUCCUUUGGGCGUGUUUGA